GAGAAUAUUUAUAACCCGAACCCUAAUAAUGAGGCGAGGCCUUAAGGUUCUACGCAAACUGCUAUAUCGGCUUCACUAACAUCGGACUUUCCAAUAACAUACAUUACACGACCUCUUAAGUAUCUAGGUAACUUGCUCAGUCUGGUGAUCCCUUUCUGCGUCUAUAGCGCCAUCAUUAGUACAGUAAAAAGGUUUAGCGGAUCAUAUCUUCCAGAAAGAAAUCUUGCCAGGCGCUUCGUCUUACAAAUAUACCCUCAAAGUCUUGCACUUAUUCUAAAUCCAAGUUACUACCGUAUCAUAUCACACCAUUUCAAUUUAGUCACACUUCUCUUUCUAUAGUAUCGAUCACUCUUCCUCCUCAAGCAAUCAAAAUGACCACUGUCGAUGUAUUUGCUGUCGGCAGUAGCAGAGCCGCGCAGCUUCAACACAUAAAUUACCAUAACAGAUUUACUAUCGCUACCCUUGGGGUCAAGAGCCGAAAUCUUAAACGGGUUGUAACAUCUGAGGAUGGUUCAGAGUGUAAAGACCUCCUUAAAAAGGGAAGAGCCUAUCUACAAUGGCUAGAUACUAUUGAGAUGACUCCUGAGAUUAAGGAGAAGACCACUACACCCAAAAUGCUCCAACUAAUUAUAAACAACCCGGCCCUAUUCUACCCCGAAGACAUGAAGAAUAGUGCUGGGGAUUUGUAUGAAAAAUGGGAGUCUGAGAACUGGGGUGCGGAUGAAGUAGCCUCGGAGGACGCAGCCGAAGAGGAGGUGAUUCCUGAAGAUGGAGAGGAAGUUCCCAUCAUUCAAAGCCAGCUACCACCACCAAGCCACCCCAUUUAUGGGGAACACGGCAUCAUGCAUGGGAUUGUGGUCGCUCGUGGCCCCAAAGGUAGAGUAUCCUACCAGCUGAACCCACGUGUACCUAAGAGAUCAGCCAAGGUGUUUGGGCAUAACAACAUUCCCGUCGGAGCUUGGUUUGCUAACCAGCUUGUUGCGCUUCAUCGUGGUGCCCACGGCGCGCGAAUGGGAGGUAUUGCCGGCUCUACUGAAGCAGGUACUUAUUCUAUCGUGGUUUCUAAUGUAUACGACGACCUCGACGACGACCAAGGUGACAUACUCUACUACUCUGGCUCAAACAGCCACAAAAAUGAAGACCCUUUUCAGUCAGUACCGUCCAGCGCUGGGACGAAGGCUCUAAAGGCUUCGCUACAAACAAGACAUCCCGUACGCGUCUUACGUUCCGGUGGGCCCCAUUCCUCCAACAGCAAUCGCUGGCUCCCUGAGUGUGGUAUCCGAUACGACGGGCUCUACCAAGUUGUCGGUUGGCGAGAGCGUAAGAACAAAAAAGGUGGACUCUAUGAGCAGUUUCGACUAUGUAGAGAGCCCGGCCAACCGCCCCUGGAAGAUAUCCUUCGUACGUCACCGACAGCUCAGCAAAAACGCGACUUGAAUAGAUUCCAGCAAGGGUAUUAAACAAAAACCUGAUGCCCACUGGUACAACCUGAAGUUAUCAUGAUAGGAGUUUUCUACUGCCGGAUAUACUUUCGCAAUAAGCUCGAACACAAGAUCUCGCUUGUACGAUGAUGCUGCUAAGUCGUUAUAUGUAUCGCUCCCUCGUUAUCAUUUGGGGCUUAAUUUCCUAUUCAAAGAUAUAGCUUCCAGUCUUGCUGAUAUACGAUGGCAUUUUUGGUGGCGUGUGAGGAAAGGGAAUUGGUGUUAAAGUCAGGAUUGUGUGCUACUAGGCCGAAUUCAUGAGUUUGAGUGAUCACCAGAGUUUCCAAUCUGAC